GCCCCCAAAAGUGAAACUUUCCCUCAGCAGCUAUGGAAACUGUUCCGCUGGACUGAGAUGCACUUCACAGGCUCCUCCCUGUCUCCUUGCUUUGACUUUCCCACCUCCAGCAGGCUGUCAUCCUCUGUUGGCAUUUGCAUAUUGCAGGGGAAUAAAACCUCAGUUCUCUCGGGGGUGAACCAGAGUGUUAUGGGAACUGAGCACUCAAAGAACGAGGAGCGAAGGAGCAUGGUUUUCCUUAGGAAAGGCCCGAAGCUGCCUGCAUGGGAAGAUGCCCUUCUAGCAGGGAGAGAGCCCAAGUCGCUGCUGAAACGGGGAUUGCGUUAUGUCAGCUUGAGCCUCAUCAUGAAAGGGAUGACCAGCACGCCCGAUUUCUUGUGGGGACUGCAUGAGGUGCAGAAGCUGAACCUCUCACGCAACCAGCUGGUGGUGAUUCCUCCUUCCCUGGGGAAGCUGGACAGGCUGGUAGUGCUGAACUUGGGUGGCAACUGCCUCAAGUGCCUACCUAAGGAGAUUGGGCUGCUGAGGAACCUGAAGGUCUUGUUCGUCAAUAUGAAUUGCCUGAAAGAAGUGCCAGCAGAGCUCAGCUUGUGCAGGAAGCUGGAGGUUCUGAGCCUCUCACACAACUGCAUCUCACAACUGCCUUUGAGCUUCACUGACCUGACAAACUUGAGGAAACUGAACCUCAGUAACAACCGCUUUGUUCAAAUUCCCCUCUGCAUUUUCGCCCUGAGAAGCUUAGACUUCUUGCACCUAGGGUCCAACAAGCUGGAAAACAUCGCAGAGAGUAUCCAGUAUCUGGUCAACCUGCAAAUCUUUAUCGUGGAAAAUAAUAACAUACGCAGUCUGCCGCGUUCCCUGUGCUACAUCAGCACUCUGGAGUUACUGAACGCUGACUACAACGCCAUACAGACCCUCCCAGAUGACCUGUACCUGCUGCGCCGCCUGCGCCGCAUUGCCUGGAACCCCAUGGACAAAGGGCUCCACAUCGCCCACAACCCCCUGUCCCGGCCCCUGCCCGAGGUCGUCGAGGGGGGGCUGGAUGCCCUCUUCAGCUACCUCAGGGACAAAAAGGAGCACAACUGAGCUUCCGCUGAGCUUGGGAUUAAGCCUGUCAUCAAGACUCAAUCGCAUCAGAGAGCUUUCCUGCACAGGCAUUUCCACUUCAUAAUGCUUGGAUUUUGAAGGCUAUGGAUGGCUUUAGUAACAGUUGGAGGAAAGCAAGUAAAGUAUGAUGGUCUUGAUUAAGUAUGGGAAGAGCAAACUUUCUAAAAAUAGCCACUUCUGUAACCUUCACUGUUGUGGUACUUGGGGGUUUUUAUAGAAAAAAAAUACAACACAGUUGUGAUAAAAUAUUUGCUCUUCAUUUGAUAGGAACAAAUUAAAGCAGACUGCCAGACAUGCAGAAAUGUGUAUUUGACAGCUAUCAGGCUGAAGAAAUAUUAAUAUUAGUUAGACUUUCUCUCUGUGACUGCAAUUGCAUUUCUACUCCUGCUCACUUCUUCAUACACAGGUAAACCAUGACAUAAACAAACACUGCUGCCCAAGUGAAUCUCAAGGAAAAUGUUUGCUUUUGGCAGUGAAUAUAUCCUGAGCUAUAUUAGCUCACAGACAAUAUAUUGCUGGUCAGUCCAAUACCAUUUGUUGUUUACCCCACAGCUGUGCUCUGGCCCAUAUAAAUUACAGGUAGAGAUUGCCAGUGACGAGGCAAUUUGCCAACUCUUUGGAAGUAGAUCCCGAAUGUCCCCAGAGCUCCUGCUUCCUCUGGUGAGACAAGCAGCCCUUCACAUGGAGCCUCCCAGGAUGCUGAGAGCAGUGCUUCACAUCAGCUGGGAGCAGCAUCUGCACAGAGCACAGAAAGGACUGUGGCUUCUUCCCUGACACAAAGGAUGGAGUUGCUCAUUGCUAGAUGUACAACUGCUCUCCUUUCCCAUAUCCUGCAAUCCGAGCUAUGGAGCAACUUUACUCAGGAGGCAGUACAUCUCCUAAAGGUGAAAUAUUUCUUUCAGGAAAAGCAGCAUCAACCCAGUCAUCACCUUAAGAAAAUUAGAUGCCUAUGGCAUUAAUCACCUGAAAAGAUUUUCCACAUGUCAGUACCCAGGAUUAUAUGACACCGGAUAGCCUCUGAUGUGAUCUGACUAGAAGAAGUAUGCACGGUAAUUUACAAGGAAGAUAUGAGGCUGGACUCUGUGUGUUCAUUAGGAUACCACUAUGAGGGUGAGAAACACAGAACAAUUCAAGAAAAUGAUCUCCAGACAGAGGAUUAAAAGGCAAAUUUGACAUAAUCAAAUGUAUCUGCAAAAGCGGUUAUAAUAUGAAGUGCAAUACCAAUAAUUUAAAACUAAAUUAUUCAAUUGAAUAAUAAUGACCUUUUACUCAAGCUAAUAAACCUUUGCAAGCAUAUGAAACACAUAAAAGUGACUGCCUUUUUAAACAGAAUAAUAAAAUUGAUUAAAUAAAUGGUGCUCUAAUGUAUAAUUCAGAUUUCACCAUUAAGAAAAUAAUUUCUACUGAUCUGCUUUAGUAUUUUUUUUCAUUCCUCAGUCAAGGCCCCUACAAAUACCUUUCUCAGAGAUACAGAAAAUUAUAUCUCAUGAUAGGGUAGUGCUCUGAAUUCUUCAUGUAAAAAGAAAAGACUGUAUGCCACUGUUAUUGUAUAGAAACAUGCAUGAAAGGCAAAUAGUGACAUAUGUAUUUGCAUCUGAGUGGGAGGAAGACAGAAGAGGCAAGCAAGGGCACAGGAGGGAGAUAGAAUCUGUAAUGUCACGUGCUGGCUCCAGUUUUGAGCAGGGCAUUAGAAAAGAAUUGGUGGAUCUCAGUGUUGUCAUCUGAUAUUAGCUGUGCAGAUGACAGGGAAAAAAGGAACUGAAAGGCUGCAGGGCCUGUAGUCAUAUCUCAUCAUCUAUGACAACAGUACCACUUCUGUGUGUAUCAAAUUAUACAAGUUUAAUUUUAUAACCUUUCAGAGGACUGCAUGCGGAAUAUUACUCUUGUUUCUAGUAAGCACUGAGGUUUUGUCAUCCUAAGCCUCACAGCAGUAUAACUUUUGAUGCAUCUAUUAUUUUUGGUUGUGGUAGUGUUCUUCAAAGGAAUGGAACAUGUGGAAUCCACUCGUGGAAAGAAUCCUUUCCAGGCACAGUAGCUUUUCUAUGGCUGUCACUCAGAGAAGCUCUCAAGGUGCUUAGAAAAACUCUUGAGGUGGACAAAAGAAAGGAAAAAAAAAACAAGAACAAAGUAGAAAGAAUAUAGUCAGGGGUCAAGUUGGUUGGGAUAAAUGUAAUAUACACUAGGGCUAUAGAAUCUGCUUCUCAGCUGUCAUCAAUCACUGGUUGUACAUUUGGUCAGAUCUGGUGAAAAGGCUCCACCUACUCUGAUUUUAAAUUGAAAAGAAAGCUGUAUUCUCUGUAAAAUUGAAAGUCUAGUCAGCAAGCAAAGCCUUUGAAAACUGGAAGACUUCAGGCUUUUGGCCUAACCAAAGUCAGUGAUUCAGCCUUUGACUGAAAGAAAAAAAAUUUCUUCUGAAGUGUUGCACUAACACCUGACUGGAAGUUGAUGCUGAAAUAUCUCGUACCUGCUGCUCUGAGGCGACCUGCCAGCUCUGGCACAUGGGCCAAAUUCUUAAUGUCACUUGUGACUGGUAAAUUCCCAAACACCUUGCCUCGCCCCAGCAGCCACUUGGGGCGUGUCACCUGGCCAGGAACACCACUCCAUUACAUGAGCAAAGCAGCAAGAACCUACAAAGACCAAUUUCCAAGAUGUGGAAAUUUUCCAGGAUGCAGCAUUUCAAAACAGCUUUCUGAGUCCAAUUGAAACAUCUUGAAAUUCAGAUUUAAAAGUCUGUGAUUAUUAAUCUGGAUGAAAAAUAUGUCAACUUUUUAUUUUGGCCAAAUUCCCAAUAUUUUCUCCAUACUUUUUUUUCAUUUCCAUCAAAAUCCUCCUUUUUUGUCAACAUAAAGAACAGUUUCUAGUCAUUUUACUAUGAGAAUAUGCAUUGUGCAAAUUCAAACUUUUUGGGACAUAAAUGAAAUAAUUUUUUAUUAUGUUACAGGUAGCUUCAGGAAACCAGAUCUCUCAGUUAAUAAUUUUAAAUCAGUGAAGGAAGAAAAAUCUAUUACAUUGAAAAAUAUUACAUUGACUCUGGAGAGAUUUGUACUUGUUAUUUACUUCACUAGGCCUGUACGUUACUUGAAAAAACAUAACACAGCACAUAAGUUUUUAAAUUAGAAAAAUCAUUGAUACUUUAGUUUAUUUCCUUAAACAAUGAAGAAGAAAGCCUCAAAGGCCUUCAUCACAUGAGAGAUGGAAAGAAAGAAGGAGGGAGGGAGGAAGGGAGGGAGGAAGGAAGGAAGGAAGGAAGGAAGGAAGGAAGGAAGGAAGGAAGGAAGGAAGGAAGAGAAAAUUAUUUGAUUUCACCAAAUUUCAAGGGUAAAUUUGCUGAACAGCCUUCAGACAACAGUCCUUGAGUAAUUCAAGGAGUGUUUUGAACUGCCUGGCACAGUUCUAAUUAGUACACAUGAAAAUAAUUAUGUAAAAUUAUAAAUAUAUAAUAAUUUAUAAAAUAUUAAGAAAACAUGUAUAUUAUUGUUUUGCAUGUUCUUCUGCCAUUCUCACAUGUGGGAGCUGAAAUCUUGAAGUAGUUACAGAUGAAGGAAAAUUCUGGCUCUAGAAGGGCUUGUAUUUAUAUGAGAUUAUAUGCUCUUCCCUUAUAUGUGGGAAAACCCAGAAUUAAGACCUCAGUAAAUGUUUAAAUGGGCAUAAGGCUUUAGAUAUAUUGGUACAGAGGUAGGCUUUAAUACACGCAUGUGGAGUAAGUCUGAAAAUCCUUUUAUAAAAUUGCAUGAUCAUUCCUCUGUACAAGUAAGAGGCAGAAUAAUAAUUACAAAAGAUGACCCUCCCUUACUGAUUCCAUACAUUUGUCUGUGGUGCAACAAGAGCCAAGCAGCCUUCAAAAACCACCCGUCAGCACUGCCCAGCAAAAUCAAUAGUAUCCUGCACCAGCACAGCUGCCUACAGCACAGGACAAAACCUGAAAUUUAUGCUCCAAUGUAUGUGGAGUCACAUCACGCAUGGCUAAAUGGUAGUUUCCAGCAAAGCAGGAAGUGUAUCAACAGCUUCAGAAAAGGUCACUGCAAAUUAUGCUGCCUCAUAAAGUGAGCUUAUCCAGGCAGAGUGAAAAGAAGAGCAAAGGGCAGAGCUAUAUGUUUUCCUAGGUCUCCUAGAGGAGUUUCAGAUACCAUAAAUUCAUUGAUGGAAAACCUGCUCUUAAUUUAUACUUCCCAGACAUUAAAAACCAAAAAUUAAUCCUUUGAUACAACUCUCUGAGGGAAAUAUGUAUUGCUUCAUUUUCUUUCUGCUCUCCAGCCUUUGCAUCAUUGGAAUGUUCACAGAAGCAAUGAAUUGCUUUUCUCUUCCUGCAAAAACAGCAUUGCCUUGUGUGGGUGGGUGUCAAAAUGUACAGAGAGAUGUUUUAUCUCUCAUCCUCUACACAACGGGUGCAGGACAGAGGAGCCUGACAGACUCCACAACCACUGGUGACAGGAUGAGUAACAUACCCCAAACUGGUGUCAUGCUCACGACACCAGCUUUAUGCGCUUGCCUUCGAGGUAUCAGGCAAGGCAGUGGUUAUUUUCCAGACACUCUUUCCAUGUUUGAUUGGGAGAGAUGGAUGCAGAGAGCUCCAGGUCAUCUACAGACUAAUCUAAGCAUGUGAAGUAAGGUCAGUGAAGCUGUAGGGUACCAAAUGCCUUCCCUUUCCUGGCCUUCCUUGCCUCUGCAGCAUGUGUGCAGAGGGCACAAAGCACCAUCUCUUAGCACAGUAUAACAUCCAGAUUUGCUGAGAUGUGUCAGAGAAACAGCAACACACCUACAUUGCCCUGUGACAAAUGUUUUUGAUGUCAGGAAAUCCUUUCUCCCUAGCUAUCAAAAUGUUCCACCUCAAAACAGCUGUAAGCAGGACAUGUUUAAAAGAAUUCUUGUAUUUUUUAGAAACAGCAUUCCAAAAUUAGCUAAAAGAAACUACCAAGUGAGUAAAGCAAAGCUGUUAUAGUAAAAAAUUGCUUCCACCUAGAAAAUAUGGUUGUUAUCAUUAUACUUUCCUUGCUUGUUCUCUAUCCGGUUUUUUUGGGUUUUUUUUAACAUAAUGAAAGUCUCUAUAUAUAUACAGGUUUCUGUACUGGCCCUUGCAUGUAUACAUACUUUUACUACAGAAAACAACACAGGCUAUUAUUGGUUCCUAAAUUGUUUGUGUAAACAGAGAAGUCUCUCCGGCGUAAUCUAGUGCCCUGUGAAUGGCUCUGAUAGGAGAGCUGAAGAAUACAGAAGAAUAAAACCUUCACUUUGGGAAAUUCAUUCAACCAAGUGUGACUUGGUUAAGAUAAUGCCUUUCCACAGCUAUUGCUAUGCACAGGGGUCCUCUAUAUCUUUCAGCACACUUAUGUUCCCUUUCCAGUUUGAAAAUAGCACGGUGAAGAAUGGCAUUUGUGUGUUCUGUCUACCUACAAAUGAAGCCAUAAAAAUAACAACUUUGGGUUCAAUUCAUUAAAUGAAAUUUCUCUGACCAUG